AUGGUACGUGUGACCGUCGGCGUCAACAAAACACCCUUCAUAUUUCACAAAAACCUCCUCCGCCGGCACUCUGAGUACUUCUCUCGCGCAUUCGAACCCAACUUCAAAGAAGGCAGAGAUGGCGUCUUGCAUCUUCCUGAGACUCAUGAGACCAUCUGCGGCCUCUUUCAGACUUGGGUCUACCUUCAGAUGGCUCGUUCGCCUCCGGCUCUUAGUGAGGUGAAAGCAUUGAUAAGCCCUUCAGCGCGCAUGACCCGAUCUUUGACCGCUGAUGUCUCAUCUCACACGCGUAAAAGGAUGAGCAAGACAAAUGUAGUCGAAUCACCUGCUCUUUCCGACUCUAUUGACAAAGUUUUGACUCAUCUCUUCGAUCUCUAUCGCUUUGCGGAUGCAUACGAGUGCGUCAGAUUGCGCAACGACGUUGUGAGCGCCUUCGGCGACAUUAUGAAAGAUGAGUUUGCUCCCAACCCCAAAACGAUUGCUUUCGUUUUCGACGAACUACCUCCUUCUUCUACCAUUUGUCAAUACUUCGUCAAGAGUGCUGCGUUGAAUUGGGGCCAAUACAUGGGCCCUUACCGAACGCUACUCGAGGCUGCAGAGCUGCCCCAAGACUUCUUAGUAGGAGUUGUGAACAUCAACCACAAGCUUGCAAGCGAAGGCAAAGGGAUGGAUGCAUUACGCAAGGAGAUAGAAGAUCGCUGUAACUUCCAUGAGCAUGCGACCGAAGAUGAAAAGCAGCUGUGUAAGUCAAGACUGCUUCAGGACGAGCCGUACAUAGACGCUCUUAUCUCUGCGUGCUUGGAGGCCUCUAGAGACGAGUAG